AUAGUUAUGCUUACAACUAUUAGCUCUCGAUUUGAAAAUGUCGUGUAUUUGCCAGUAUAUAAUCGGUUCUUCAGCCUCAAUGAAUGGCAACGAGGAGCCCAUCGGAUUUCCACUACCCAGUGCUAGCGAGCAUGAUGUUGUGUCUGCCAUAGGCGAGGAUAGUCCUGGCAAUGGCUCCACAGAUCCUGUCACAGAUGAUACGAAGAUAUCUGUGUGUGUCUCCGAGCUGGCCGAUUGUCGCGCCGAGAACUGGCUACUUAAGAAAAAGCUGGAAGAGCAUGUGCUUACAAUCCAGAAUCUAGAGCAUCUGAUGACCACAAUAAUGGACAAACAGCACAAGAUGCUGGCCGAUGUGUUUCAACUGCGCCAACGAAAUCAGGAACUCCAAACCGAAUGCAAUCUGCAACGUGAAUACCACACGAUGGAACGUAAUGCCCUGAUGAAGGAGCUUUGCAAUGCUAAAAGCCUCAACAGGGACCACAUGUGUGCACUGCUUGCCAUCAGAGUGGUGAGGAGGAUGUGUCUAUCGAAUCGGAUGGUCGGGAAUAUGAGGAGCAACCCGAGAGCGAUGUGGACAAGGAUAAUGAGGAUGGGUAUGAAGAUGAACGGUCUGCAGGCUCCUCGGCUGAUUCCACAGCUCCAUCCUCGGCCAAUGUUUCGAUGUAUUCCAAUGACUCAGAUUCCGAUGAGAGCGAGGAGGAGGAACAGGAAUCUGAGAAUGAGCUGGACGACAGCUCAGGUACUGAAAGUGAAUCCGACUAGAUUAAAUUGUAUUUUAUUUUAGUUAACAUA